GAUUUAUGGAGGAUGCCCUCUAUUCCCUACCUCAAAGCUCGGGACAGCCAUGGACCAUGAAACACACCGGUCGAUAGAAGAAGCGGUGCUUGAGAUACUCAGGAAUGCUAACAUGGAGGAGAUGACCGAGUACAAGGUGCGAACUUUAGCAGCAGAUCGGCUUGGAAUCGACCUCUCACCGCCCGACCGCAAGCGCUUUGUACGGAGCAUAGUUGAGUCCUUCCUCACAUCGCACAAGGAGGAUCCCUCUGAUUCCGCUGAAACUCCGCUAGAAGACCAACAGCAAGUGGAGGACCCUGCUGCGGAUGAGGAGGAGGAGGAGGCAGAAGAAGAGGAGGACGAUCGGAGAAGGAGGCGCGGCCCGAAGGAGUAUGAUGAUGAAGGCGAUCUCAUCGUGUGCAGGCUGUCGAAUAAGAGGAGGGUUACAGUUCAGGAUUUCAGAGGUAAGACGCUGGUUUCGAUUAGGGAGUACUACGAGAAGGAAGGAAAGCAACUGCCGACCUCUAAAG